AUGGGUGUUCUUUCAUCUUCAAACGCCAAGCAAUGGACGCUGGGUUCGGCUUUUUUCGUAAUAUGCAUCUGCUGCUUCUUCCUCGCCGGCGGUACCGCUGCUGCACGGCAGCUGAACAGCGGAAACUCAUCAAACCCUGGCAGGGACCAGAUUCGCCGGAACCUUUUGGACAAUGGACUCGGUUUAACACCACAGAUGGGAUGGAAUAGCUGGAACCAUUUCAAUUGCCACAUUAAAGAGAAAUUAAUCAGGGAAACAGCGGAUGCAAUG